AUUGGGGACUCACUUUCGAUGACGGGCCUACUGAACAAACCGGGAAAUUACUUGAUUUCUUGGACACAACACCCAACACAAAAGUAACUUUCUUUGCUGUCGGUUCUCGUAUUAUAGCCCAUCCCGAGUUAGUGAAAAGAGCUAUCACCUCUAAUCAUCAAGUAGGAGUUCACACUUGGUCACACACACCUUUAACAACUCAAACCAAUGAACAAAUUGUUGCCGAAAUCAAAUGGACCGAACGAGCAAUUCAAGCAGCUGGCGGUGUCACACCAAAUACCCUUCGUCCACCACAAGGUGACUAUGAUGAUCGUGUGAGAGCAAUUGCCACAGCUUUAGGCUAUAAAAUUGUUUUAUGGGAUUUGGAUUCAUUCGACUGGAAAAUAAAGAGCGAACCAGCAAAUAGAACUCCCAAAAAUGUUUUAGAUGAUUUCAAUUUAUGGGUUAACAAUGCUACUGCAACAACUGGUCAUAUCUCCUUAGGACAUGAUCUUUACGAAGAAACCGUCAGUUUGGUUCCUGAAAUUGUAAAAAUUGUUACUGGCAAAGGAUUUAAUACCACAACUGUUGGAGCCCCCUCACCCAAAACCGCGACAAAAGCACCAAAAAAACCAAUAAAUGCUAAAAACUAUGAAGAAGCUAUAAAAAAUUGUGAAAAAGUUUUACAGUAUGAGCCUGAUAAUUAUAAAGCAUAUAUUUAUCUUGGUGCCUCGUAUACAGAAUUAAAUAAAUUAAAUGAAUGUGAAAAUGCUUUAAAGCGUGCUAUUGAAAUAGAUAGUUCUCAAAUUGUUCCCUGGAAGGGACUUAAAAAAUUAUACGAGGAACAAAAAAAUUGGACAAAUCUAUCAAAUACAUAUUUAGAAUUACUUGGUCGUUAUAAUGAAAGUAAAGAUGCACAAAAUACAUUGGAUACGAUUAAUAAACUUGUUGAAUUAUACACACAUAAAGUCAAAGAUAAUAAGAAUCUUAUAGUAACCUUGAAAUAUUUUUUACCAGAAAGUCCAUAUUAUGAUUUAAUAAAAGUACUUCCGGGUGUCGUUGCAAAAUCUCGACAAUCUCUACAAACAAUAAUCAGUUUAUUGGAAAAAGAUGAACCAGAAAUAAUUCAACGUGAAAUUAAAUCGCGUAAAAGCCGGAUUAACUCUGGUCCUCCAGAAUUAGUUCAAGCUCAAGUUGAACAAGAAUUAGAAGAAUUUUAUGAUAAAUUAUUUGAAAUUGUUAAAAAAUCUGAUAAUUCUGAUCUAGAUAGUGAGAAUCUUAAAAAAAAUUAUAUUGAGCAUAUUAGAAAGAAACUUUCAGUAUCUUCUGUUGAUAAUAAAAAUAGGUUAUGUGAAAAAAUUUUGAAAAUAGCCAAAUCUUUUGUUGACCAAGACUCUCCUUCUCCUAUACCAUAUGAAAUCCUGAUAGAAAGUACUAACGCGAGUUCUGCAGAUGAAUAUGAUGUUUCAUUACUUGAAAAUUAUUCAAAAAAAUUUCCUGAAACUGGUUUAUCAAAAAUGAUUCAAGGAUAUUUUCGAUAUUCAAAAGAUGAUGAAACAGAAGAAGCAUUGAAUCUUUAUCAGGAUUAUGAAAAUUCUUUAAAAUACGCAGAGACUGGUAAAAAAUUAACUCAAAAUAAUAUCAAGAGUAUGAGCUUUUCACUUGAUAGUUUGAUAAGUUCGUUUGAGUUGUGUAUAGCAUCUUGCUAUCUUAAUAUCGGUUUACAAUUUUAUUCAGAUGCCUUACCAUUAUAUAAAAAAGUUUUAAAGAAAGAUUCAAAUAAUAUUUUGGCACUCCAGGGAGUCGGAAUAAUACUUUCUGCACAAAAAGAUUAUGAAAAAUCACUUGAAGUAUUUAAAAAGAUUUUAAAGUUGGAUCCAUCACAUCACAUAUCCAAGAGUGAAAUUGGUUGGAUUCAUUUAUUACAAGAAAAUUACGAGGAAGCUUUAAAAUUUAUUCUUGAAGCAAUUGAUUUGUCUAAUGAUAAUGCUCUUUAUUACUGUCGUUUAGGCAGAAUAUAUUGGGCUAUGGAUGAUGAAUAUCGCAAAAAUAAAAAUUAUGCAUACGCACAAUUCAUUCAUUCGCUUAAACUCGAUUCAGAUUUUGCUUGCGCAUUCACUUAUCUUGGACAUUACUAUAGACUUAUUGAGGAGGAUCAUGUACGUGCAAAAAAAUGUUAUCAAAAAGCUUACACCAUUGACUCAAAAGAAGAGGAUGCUGGAUUUUAUUUAAGUGAGUAUUAUCAUUCUGAUGGUGAAUUUGAUUUGGCUGAAGGUGUGUAUCAAAUUGCAACUCAAACAAAUCCUAAGGCACACUGGGCUUGGAAAAGAUUAGGAUUUUUGGAUUUGAUAAUAGAACAAUCUUUAAAUGUAGUUGAUAUUAAAAAUUCAUAA